AACAUCCGGGCUAAGUGCGGUAUAGUGGGGAAGAUGGCGGCGGUGGUCCUCCCUACUGAUUGGAUCAAAAACUGGGAAAAAACAGGAAAAAAUGAGUUUGUACAGUUAUGUCGCAAUCUUGCUGACAAUAAAACGAAUGAUGACGUGACGUUAAAAGAUAUUCAUGCUGCCCUCUAUGAACUCUCAUGGCAUGUCAUCAGGGGCAAUCUCAAAUUGGACCUGGCUGCCAGUGUUCUUGGUGACAUAAUGGAAUUACGGGAAGACAUGUCAUCCAUUUUAGCCGAUGUAUUCUGUAUAUUAGAUAUAGAGACUGGUUGCUUGGAAGAAAAAAACAAGCGUGACCAUUUUACCCAGUUGGUAGGAGCGUGUUUGUAUUUUGUUUCAGAUGCUGUGCUCAAGGAGCGCUUGGAUCCAGAGACUUUAGAAUCCCUUGGACUCAUCAAGCAAGCGCAGCAGUUUAAUCAGAAAAUCGUAAAAAUCAAGACCAAGCUAUUUUAUAAGCAACAGAAGUUCAACUUGUUAAGAGAGGAAAAUGAAGGUUAUGCAAAGUUGAUAACAGAACUGGGCCAAGACUUGUCUGGGAACAUCACCAGUCACUUGAUCCUUGAAAACAUCAAGUCAUUGAUAGGUUGUUUUAACUUGGACCCAAACCGAGUUCUGGACAUCAUUCUUGAAGUUUAUGAAUGUAGAUCAGAACAGGAUGAAUUUUUCAUACCCCUUAUUAAAUGUUACAUGUGUGAACCACAGACACUUUGUCACAUAUUGGGUUUUAAAUUCCAGUUUCAUCAGGAACCAAAUGGGGAGACUCCGUCAUCUCUCUAUCACGUGGCUGCUGCUCUCCUUCAGCACAAUUUGAUAGAGCUUGAAGAUCUCUAUGUGCAUCUCCUACCAUUGGAUCCCACAAUCUUGGAGGAACAUAAGAGGGAGAUAAUGGAGGCUAAACAGAUAGCACGGAAGCUAACCAUGGUUGUGGUGCCUUCAGAAAAGACAGAUGAGAAGGACAAGGAAAAAGAAAAAGAGGAGGAGAAGAAUGAGAAGCCACCGGAUAACCAGAAGCUUGGGCUUCUAGAAGCUUUGUUAAGGAUUGGUGACUGGCAACAUGCUCAAAGCAUUAUGGAUCAGAUGCCUUCUUUCUAUGCGACAUCACACAAGCCUAUAGCUGUGGCUCUUUGUCAGCUUCUGCAUUUUACUAUUGAACCCUUGUACCGACGGGCCGGCGUCCCGAAAGGAGCCAAAGGGUGUCUUAUGCGACCUCUCACAAACAAGCGAGCUCCCAAGCCAGCGGAGACAUUCGAAGAGUUGAGGAAAGAAGUUUUCAGCAUGCUGUGCUACCUUGGCCCUCAUCUCUCUCAUGAUCCCAUCUUGUUUGCAAAGAUAGUGAGGCUGGGCAAAGGAUUCAUGAAAGAGUAUCAGAAUGAGAGCCGACAGGAUGAAAAGGACAAAAUGGACACCCUGCUCAGCUGCUUUCUUAGUAUUGCGGACCAGGUUUUGCUUCCUUCUCUCACUCUGAUGGACUGUAAUGCUUGUAUGUCGGAGGAAUUAUGGGGACUGUUUAAAAUGUUUCCUUACCAGCACAGGUAUCGAUUAUAUGGACAGUGGAAAAAUGAAACAUACAACAGCCAUCCUCUACUUGUCAAAGUCAAAGCCCAGACAGUUGACAGAGCCAAAUAUAUUAUGAAGCGACUGACCAAGGAAAAUGUGAAACCUUCUGGAAGACAGAUUGGAAAGCUGAGCCAUAGCAACCCAACCAUCCUCUUUGAUUAUAUUUUGUCUCAGAUCCAGUGGUAUGACAACCUCAUCACACCUGUUGUAGAUUCCCUGAAAUACCUCACUUCGCUGAAUUAUGAUGUCCUGGCAUAUUGUAUUAUCGAAGCACUGGCAAAUCCUGAGAAAGAGAGAAUGAAGCAUGAUGACACCACUAUUUCUGCUUGGUUACAGAGUCUUGCAAGUCUCUGUGGUGCUGUUUUCAGGAAGUAUCCCAUUGAGCUUGCAGGUCUUCUGCAGUAUGUUACAAAUCAGCUGAAGGCUGGGAAGAGUUUUGAUCUGCUGAUUCUCAAAGAAGUAGUGCAGAAAAUGGCAGGAAUCGAGAUUACAGAUGAGAUGACAAUGGAGCAGCUCGAAGCCAUGACUGGAGGGGAGCAAUUAAAGGCUGAGGGUGGCUACUUUGGACAGAUUCGGAACACAAAGAAGUCUUCCCAGAGGCUGAAGGACGCACUUCUGGACCAUGAAUUGGCUCUUCCUCUCUGUCUUCUCAUGGCCCAACAGAGGAAUGGAGUUGUCUUCUUAGAAGGUGGCGAGAAGCAUUUGAAACUCGUAGGGAAGCUCUAUGAUCAGUGCCAUGAUACACUUGUACAGUUUGGUGGAUUUUUAGCCUCUAAUCUCAGCACCGAAGAUUACAUUAAACGAGUGCCGUCAGUUGACGUGCUGUGUAACCAAUUCCACACUCCCCAUGAUGCAGCAUUUUUCUUGUCAAGACCUAUGUAUGCACACCAAAUUUUGUCCAAGUAUGAUGAGCUGAAAAAGGCUGAAAAGGGAAACCGGCAGCAGCAGAAAGUUCACAAGUACAUCACGGCUUGUGACUUGGUGAUGGCGCCUGUCCACGAGGCUGUGGUCUCCCUGCACCCACCAAAGGUCUGGGAUGACAUCAGGCCACAGUUUUAUGCCACCUUCUGGUCACUCACCAUGUAUGACCUCGCUGUGCCUCACAAUGCCUAUGAUAGAGAAGUCAACAAGCUUAAGGUUCAGAUGAAAGCCAUCGAUGAAAACCCAGAAAUGCCCCCAAACAAAAAGAAGAAAGAGAGGGAGCGAUGUACUGCUCUUCAGGAAAAAUUGCAAGAGGAGGAGAAAAAGCAGAUGGAGCACGUUCAGAGAGUCCUGCAGAGGUUAAAGCUUGAAAAAGACAACUGGCUUUUAGCAAAAUCAACAAAGAAUGAGACAAUCACAAAAUUUCUGCAGCUGUGUAUAUUUCCUCGCUGCAUCUUCUCUGCCAUUGACGCGGUGUAUUGUGCUCGCUUUGUGGAGCUGGUUCACCAACAGAAGACCCCAAAUUUCUGCACCCUCCUUUGCUAUGACCGGGUUUUUUCAGACAUUAUUUACACUGUAGCCAGCUGUACAGAAAAUGAAGCCAGACGCUAUGGGCGGUUCCUCUGUUGCAUGCUGGAGACUGUGACUAGGUGGCACAGUGACCGUGCCAUUUACGAAAAGGAGUGUGGCAAUUACCCAGGGUUCCUCACAAUUUUGAGAGCAACUGGCUUCGAUGGAGGAAACAAAGCAGAUCAACUGGACUAUGAAAAUUUCAGACACGUUGUUCACAAGUGGCAUUAUAAAUUAACAAAAGCUUCUGUGCAUUGCUUGGAGACUGGAGAAUACACCCACAUCAGAAACAUUCUUAUAGUUCUGACCAAGAUCCUGCAGUGCUACCCCAAAGUGUUGAAUCUGGGCCAGGCUCUGGAGCGUAGGGUGCACAAGAUUUGUCAGGAAGAGAAGGAGAAGAGGCCUGAUCUAUAUGCAUUGGCAAUGGGCUAUUCUGGCCAACUGAAAAGCAGGAAACCAUACAUGGUCCCCGAGAACGAGUUCCACCACAAGGAGCAGCCAGUGAGGAGUGCCACUCCUGCUAACCUCCAGAAUGGACCAGGCAGUGCAGGCAAACCUGCAGCCACCACUGCUACCACUGGCAAACCAGAAGAGGGAGUCACAGAGGAGACAGAUAAAUCGAAGGAGAAAUCCCAGGGUCCUGUAAAAGCUGCAAACAAAACCAACAGUGCAACUACAAAAGUCACCACCAGCAAUGGAAACAGUGCUCCUAACAGCACUAAGGCUAUCAAAGAGAAGGAAGACAAGGAAAAAAGUGGGAAGGAGAAAAGUAAGGAUAAGAAGGAGAAAACACCAGCAGGCACUCCAGAGGCCAAAGUAACAGGGAAGGAAAAACAAAAGGAAGAGAGGUUGGGCAAAGAUGACAAGGCUCGGGAGACCAAGGAGAAAACACCCAAGGCGGACAAGGAAAAGGAGAAACUCAAAAAGGAUGAGAAACCCGGCAAAGAUGACAAGGUCAAGCUGAGCAGCAACACCGAGUUCAGAUCUUCUGCUGACAAGGAGCCGUCCAAGGAAAGAGAUAUAGCCAAGGAAGCCAAAGUCAAGGAGAGCAGUAAAGGUGAAAAGGUUGCAGCUACUGGGUCCUUGAAGUCACCUGUUCCCCGGUCGGAGUCCUCAGAGUCUGAGAGGGAACUAAAGCGUCGAAAACUUGACACCCACUCUUCACCAUCGCAUUCCUCCACUGUUAAGGACAAUCUCAACGAACUCAAGGACUCAGCUUCAAAGCACUACGCCAACCACAGCACAGCCACACAAUCCAAGAGCAAAGAGAGGGAGAUGGAUAAGAAAGAAAUGGAGAAAUCCAGGGAUCGCUCAAAAGAAAGAGAAAAGAAAGAAGAAAAAGAUCGCAAGGAGAGAAAAAGAGAUCACUCAAACAGCGAUCGUGAAUUGAGUCAGGAAUUAAAACGUCGAAAAGAUGAAAAUGGAACAGGUUCCUCCAAACACAGCAAGAGUGCCAGCCCAUCCGAUUCUCCACGUUCCAGCGAGAAGGAGAAGGACAAAAGCAAGAGCUCCAAACCUUCCAGCAAAGAAAAAAGUGAUUUAAUUAAACCUGAAAAAAGUUCUUCUGGGGGCAAGAAGGAAUCCAGGCAUGAUAAGGAAAAAUCUGAAAAGAAAGAGAAGAGGGACAGCACUGGGGCAAAAGAAGACAAAAAACAAUAUCCUUUCCAAUGCUGAUGCAUCAAAAUGUAUAUCAAAUGUUUGGCUUAUGGAAAGCCUGAGAGAUGUUUUAUUGCUGUUGGCUGCCGCAGUCUGAAGAAGACAUGCUUUUAUGUAACACACACAUGUAUUGGAUUAGCUUUUUUUUAUUUUUGCUUUGUUUUUCUAUUGAUCACAGUCCAAACAGAGGACCCAUCUAAAAUAUAAUAAUUACUGCCUGCAUAAAUAUUUUGGUUGUCCAGCCCAGAUAUGUCAUAGUUGUAGUGUUUUAACUUGAUAAUUUGUUUUGUUCCUGUGUAUUUCAGUAAACGGCUGAAAGUUUGCCUUUAAAUAUAAGCACAAUGUGCUGCACACAUCAAGAAAAUGUAAUUGACAAAUAGGUAUUGAUUAUUCUCACAUGCUGUCUGCAAAUCUGCCUGCAAUUGUAUAAUUUCUCAGCAAACAAAAAUGUAUUUUGGCUUUGUCAGUUACUUUAUUGCCAUUAAAAAUGCAUUUGCCACCUCUGCAUUUACCUCAUUUAGAUCAAGUUUUAUUUAUUUUUUUGCCUCCUUUUAAAUCGUGUUUGUGAAAAUAUUUAGGAGUAGCUGUUCGAAACGACACCAAUGUUCUAUUUGUAUAUUAUGUAUACAACAAUAAAAUCAUUUCAUGUAAUUAAAUUCAGAUUAUCUGUUACUUUCAUUUCAAAUGUCCCUUGCAAAAUCUUUGUGUGCGUGUGUUUGUCACAAUGUUUUUAAAUGAAUUGUAUAAAAAGUUGGAUUUCUUCAUGAGGCAAAUAAAUGACUUGUACAACUACAGGAGAUUUGUACUGCAAACGUAGUCACAAAAGUUUCAGAACUACUUUUUUGGAAUUUUUAUCUGCUGUAUUCUACCAGUGUAAGCUUUUUUUCUAAAUAAAUGAUAGUUUUCUUAGUGGGUCAUAAA